AUGGCCCCGCGAUGCCUUCUGAUCGGCACGCCGUCCAUUGCGGCGCAUCCCGAACGACUUGACCAAGUCUACGAGAUUCACGAUCGCAACUCGACCGACCUGCAGAUGCUUGACCGUAUUGCUGCUGGCCUGGUCAAUCUUCCCGCCUCCACAUACGAUGUUGUUCUCCUUCUCGCCGACGCCGACGGUACCACGCGCGAAAGUCACAAACUGUUGGCACGCGAUGUGAUGAACAAGGUUGUUAGCGCAUUGAAGGUGGGAGGAGUACUCAAGAGCCAGGCAGGCCCAUUCCAAGGCGCAGAGAAGACAGAAGCUAUCCUAGCAGGGCUCACAGAGACGGCGGACGGCAUGACCAAGCCCGAGCAAGAGGAGCCUGUAUCGAUACCGCUGAAGUUCGGCAAGAAGGCAAAUGGCCUGAAUGGAGUACAUGGAACGAAUGGCACGAAUGGCGCGAACCACACAGUCAACCCAGACGGUUCGGUCCCGCUCAACCUCAACCGCAAGCGCAACCAGCCUCAGGCUGAGCCUGUCAAGCCAGUUGGUGUAGGAUUCGUCGAUUUCAGCGAUGAUCUCGACGAUCCGAUUAUCACAGGCGAAGACGACGACCUAAUCGACGAGGACGACCUCAUUACAGAAGCAGAUUUGGCACGUCCAGUCAUUCAACCACUCGAAUGCCAGCCCAAACCCGGCAAGCGACGACGCGCCUGCAAAGACUGCACUUGCGGUAUGAAAGAGAAAAUUGAAGCCGAAGACGCGGCCAAACGCUCCUCCGCUGAUAAAGCACUCAACUCGCUCAAGUUGGAUGCUGACGACCUUGCCGAAGUGGACUUUACAGUACAAGGAAAGGUUGGCAGCUGUGGAAACUGCGCGCUGGGCGAUGCGUUCAGAUGUGACGGAUGCCCGUACAUCGGUCUGCCGGCUUUCAAGCCAGGUGAGGAGGUACGGUUGCUGAACAACGAUAUCCAAUUGUAG